AUGGGAAAUUAUAAUCAAACAUCAACUGAUUUCAUCUUAUUGGGAUUGUUUCCCUCUUCAAGAACUGGUCUGUUCCUUUUUAUUCUCAUUGUUUUCAUUUUCUUAAUGGCUCUAGUUGGUAACCUUUCCAUGAUUCUUCUCAUCUUUCUGGACAUCCGUCUUCACAAGCCCAUGUAUUUUCUGCUUAGCCAGCUCUCCCUCAUGGAUCUGAACUACAUCUCUACCACUGUUCCCAAAAUGGCCUAUGAUUUUCUGUUUGCAAACAAGUCUAUCUCCAUCAUUGGGUGUGGGAUUCAGAGCUUCUUCUUGACUAUGGCAUGUGCAGAAGGAUUGCUUUUGGCCUCUAUGGCUUAUGAUCGUUAUGUGGCCAUUUGCUUUCCUCUUCAUUAUCCUGUCAGAAUCAGCAGAAGAAUGUGCAUAUUGAUGAUAACAGGAUCUUGGAUAAUGGGCUCUAUCAACUCCUGUGCCCACACCACGUAUGCCCUCCGUAUCCCUUAUUGCCAAUCCAGGUCCAUCAAUCAUUUCUUCUGUGAUGUCACAGUCAUGUUGACAAUAGCCUGCAUUGAUACAACGGUCUAUGAAUACACAGUGUUUCUGAGCACCACACUUUUCCUUUUGCUGCCCUUCAUUGGUAUUGCUUUUUCCUAUGGCCGUGUUCUCCUUGCUGUCUAUCGCAUGAACUCAGCAGAAAGGAAGAAGAAGGCCUAUUCAACCUGCAGCACCCACCUCGCUGUGGUUUCUUUCUACUAUGCAUCCUUUGUUUACAUGUAUCUACGCCCAAGAUUUCUGCGUACUCCAACAGAGGACAAAGUUCUGGCUGUCUUUUACAUCAUCCUUACCCCGAUGCUCAAUCCUAUUAUCUACAGCCUGAGAAACAAGGAGGUGAUUGGGGCCCUGAGAAGAGUAACUCAGAGAAUCUCUCCUAUGAAAAUGUAG